UAAAAACAAUACAGUUGUCAGAAAACUACUGUUGAUUAUUAGUAGUGUAUUCAUAUUGCAACUGAACAGCUAACAGUAACUCACAGAACCGAUGGCUACCUUCCAAAUGAGUCCCCAUACGUAUGCAGUGCCAAUGGCAUUGUUUAGAAAAAAUCGACGUAAUUUAUGUGCUGCUUUGCGAGGCCAGUCCGCGGUCGAACAGGGUACUUAUGUGCUUUUGCAGGGGGGCUCAUAUGUGAGUUUCAACGAUACCGAUACCAGUUAUAAUUUUCGACAAGAAUCCUUUUUCCAAUACCUCUUCGGCGUUAAAGAGCCCCGUUGCUUUGGUGUGCUAAAUGUCGAUUCGGGUGACUCCAUACUUUUUGUCCCACGCCAUUUGGAAGAAUAUGCAACUUGGAUGGGUCGUCUUCUUACUUUGGAGGAGUUUAAAGCUAUGUAUGAAGUGGAGAACGUGCGAUAUGUUGACGAAUUACCCAAAUUUUUUGAAAAUGCAUAUCCCAAAUUGAUUUUGACUUUGAGCGGUGUGAACAGCGAUAGUGGUCUGCGUUCCGAACCUGCAAGCUUUGAUGGCAUUGAGAAGUAUGUGGUUAACUGUGACUUAUUGCAUCCCAUUAUUUCUGAAUGUCGCGUAAUAAAAACUCCUGAGGAAAUUGAAGUUUUGCGAUACGUGGCCAAGGUGUCUUCCGAUGCCCACAUAAAAGUUAUGCAGUUUAUGGCUCCCGGCCGCAGUGAAUUUGAAGGCGAAUCGGUGUUUCUUCAUCAUUCUUAUUCUGUUGGUGGGUGUCGUCACACCUCGUAUACAUGCAUUUGUGGAAGUGGAAUUAAUUCAGCAAUUCUGCACUAUGGGCACGCAGCUGCUCCCAAUGAUAAAGUUGUAAAAAAUGGCGACAUGUGUUUGUUUGAUAUGGGGGCAAAUUAUUGUGGCUAUGCAGCUGAUAUAACAUGCUCUUUUCCGGCCAACGGUAAAUUUACUCCAGACCAGAAAUUUAUCUACAAUGCAGUUUUGGAUGCGCGCAAUGCCGUUUUGAGUGAGGCUCGCGAGGGAGUCUGUUGGGUUGAUAUGCAUCGUUUGGCAUCCCGAGUAAUGUUGCAGCGACUCAAAGAGGGUGGUAUGCUCAAGGGAGAUGUCGAUGAAAUGCUUGCUGCUGGUUUGGCGGGAAUGUUUCAACCUCAUGGCCUUGGCCAUCUUAUUGGUCUAGAUGUACAUGAUGUGGGAGGCUAUUUGCCAGACCAGCCACCUCGCCCUAAUGAACCAUGGUUAAGCAAACUGCGCUUUGCCCGUAUUCUAAAAGCAGGAAUGUAUGUGACUGUUGAACCUGGAUGCUAUUUCAUUGAAUGGUUAAUGGACAAAGUUCUGGAAGAUCCAGAUCUAAAUAAAUUCAUUGUGAAAGAUGUAUACGAACGAUUCCGUUGCUUUGGAGGCGUUCGCAUAGAGGAUGAUGUUCUUAUCACAAAAACAGGCAAUGAGAAUUUCGCCAUUGUUCCGCGUACUGUAGAGGAAAUAGAAAAGUGCAUGAUCCAAAGAAACUCCUAAUCUGAAUCGUGAACAAUUGUAAAUAAUCCAUAUUUGAUUUAUGUACCUAUUAUUAUCUUCUUUAUUUGUAAACCAAGUAUGUUUGUGUAGUAUAUUUUCGCCUGCAAACAUUGACUGAUUGGGAAAUGGGUUGUUUUGAUAAGAUUUCUUUUGUAUUUAUAAUAGUUAACAUGGUGAAUAAAACGUAUAUUUUGAUAAUAA